GCGACAACCAACAAUGGCCUCAACUACUGCGGCCGGUGCUGCCGCCGCUGCAACCCCAACCGUACCUUCGACUGACGAAGCCUGGAAGUGAGUGUUUUCGUAAAGCUAGAAACUCACAGCGCUGUACUUUUUUCACCACCGAUCUCUAUCCACCUACCAUGGGUUCUCGCAAGCGACAAUACUCGCACAAAAGUUACGUGCCGCCAUUCAGAAGGAACUCGAGCACGUUCAGAAGGGCGGUCCAGGAACGAAUGAGCUUGCCCGUUUCGAAAAGGUCGAGAAAUUGAUGCAGAAUUACCGCCUUGCCUGCAUCGAAACCAUUUGGCUCGACCUCCGUGCUGCGAACGAGAAGGGUGCCGAGGAUGCGCUCUGGUCUACCCAUACCCUCGUCACCAAGACCUACCGGAAGGUGCUCGGGAGGCUGCAGGCCAACGACCAUGUCGUCCUCAAGCGGAAACUCGAGAAGCUUUACUCGAACUACCUGAAGACGGCCCAAUACUUCUACAGAGGCUAUUUGCAGCGGGUUUGCGCACGCUACGACACCCCCGACCUCAAACGGAUCGCUCAUCGGGCUGAGCUGGAGGCGAUGCCCCUACCCGACAAGGACAAGGUCGACACUACGGCAGCGCAGCUAGACAACAUUGUCAAGCAAUCAUGCCACAAGACACUCAUAUAUCUCGGUGACCUGGCGAGAUACCGUACUCUCCUGCGUCCCAAGGACCCCAAGUGGGAGGGCGCUCUGUCGUACUAUCUCCUGGCAAACGACCUGAUUCCCGAAUCUGGAUACGGCCACCACCAGUGUGGAGUGAUUUGCGUCGAGAACGGGGACCAUCUCCAGGUGGUAUACUACCUCUACCGUGCCCUGGCCUGCGCUCUGCCACACCCGAAUGCUUCGACCAACCUUGAGCGGGAGUUCCGUGAGCUCCAGAAACGGAAGAACAUUACCACCAAGCAUGCAUUGGUGACUUGGUUCGUUAAGCUCCAUGCCUUUUAUUCCCAGGGGAAGGAAUUCGCUGAGCGGAAGGAGCUUGAGAGUGAGGUCGACCAUCGGCUUGGCCUGGCUAUGAAGACUGGAGCGGGAUAUGGCUCAGACUUGGACUUGCUCAAGAUCGUUCUUAUCAACAUUACCGCAUACGUCGCCGCCCAAGACAAAAUCAGCAAAAAUUGGACUGACGAGGGCUCCCUAUCCUGCCAAUUUAUCCUGCUCCUCAACUUGCGAACAAUCACCGCCAUCGCACGCCUACUUGGGGAGGAAAUUACGGGUACCAUCAAGCGCAUGGGUGCAGAGGUCCCGGCUGGCGCGUCCGGAACUCCCUCCCAGACGGAGCCGACAACCAAAUUCACACCUGCUCUCAAUCGCGUUCUGACGCUUCUGCGUGUCUACAUGGCCUGGCUCUGCUCUUACGGAUCACAGCUGGUUGACUUCCGGGCCCAUCUCGAACCGCAAUUCGGAACUAUGUGCACGACACUGAGCAACAUGCUGACCCUGUUGUUCGAAUUGCUCGGGGGUGAUCAACAAUUCGGAAACACGGUGUCAUGGCGCUUCCCCGAGGACGAUAUCACCCUGGGCAUCGAUUGCCUCAACGGACCCAGCCUGAAUGACGGCUGCCAGCUCUACUACGAUGCCUUUUCACGCAAGCCUAAGCCGCGCCGUGAAGACGUCGCCGGUGCUAGCCAUAUUGAAGACGACGUUACCUUCACUCGCGCACUUGACGUUCUCCUCUGCGCUCUGGAAUUAUCCACUCCGGAGUCGAAGUUCCCGCUUAUAACCUCCGCGAUUACAAAAGGACGCCGUGAGCUCACUACCUUUGUGUAUCUGGAGGGUGGGAAGCCUGAACCCACUCCAAGUCUGCCACCGGCUCAGCAUCUGACCCCGACGACCGUUCCCGCGACCCUGGAACAUACCCCCAAGAUGCCAGCGGCGAUCCUAAGUCCUUGCGAGUCUAACGAACUCUCCGAGGACCAGGACUUUUAUGGUCCGAAUCUACGGAAUGCUGUCGGCGAUGGGCCCCGCAACGGGCAGGCGUCGGCACCAGUUGUGCCACCAGUUGCGCCACGGCCAACAGUGCCGGUUUCCGAGUUUCCCAUUGAUACGCAGAUGUACAACAUCUUGAACGAGUUCAUCAACCCACCGGAAUCUGCUCCCAUGCCCAAACCCAAGACUCCGAAGCACCCACCUGCACCGACAAGCCCGUACGGUAUGGAUUCUGCAGCCGUUGCUGAAGCUUUCGGGACCGGAGCUUCAAACAGUCCCGCGCCGGGCUCUGCCGGCGCGAAGAAAUUCCCAACUCUGCCCUGGGACUACUUUUACAAACCGCCGACCAACCCUGCCUUGCGCUCGGACGCGAACGCCAUGGCCGCCGGUUGGGGAGCAAACGGUGGAGGGUUUUCACGGCCGACAAGCUCGGGAAAUGCAAAUCAAUUCGGGGCCGGAACCGCCACUGGCAACCCGCUUGCACCUCAGGCUCACCAGAGGUACGGCAGCCUAGGGAAGUCAAGGCUUGUCGAGGACCAGGUGGGGAUGCUUCACCCCUCAGAGUCUGCACCAGGCCACGCCGGCCACGCCCAACAGGCUGACGGCGCACGAGGAGUGUGGUCUAACGCAGCCACGGAGGGCUUGACUACUUCUGCACUGGAAACUGUCCCUCAUCUCCCGCAUCAGAGCACUUGGGCUCCCCCGUCAAGCCCCUGGCAAAAUGCCAAUGGCCAGCUACCCCCGGCCACCACUGGCGCUGCCCUCGUUUCCCCCUUUUCAACGCUCAACUUCUCCGCCAAUACGUCCAGCCUUCCACAAGUUUACAGCCCCUGGGGCGUACCCGCAGCAGCAAACAGGUUCCCCGCGGCGCAAUCACCCUCUUCACCGAGCCAGCCUAGCGCAGCGUACACCGGAGGAGCGAUCCCAUCACCGUCGAGCAGCAGGUAUGCAAGUGACUACACCAGCUCCAUGGCCGGCGGGCAUGUCUCGCACAACGCUUUCGCGAGCGCCUGGCCCGAUGCUCGGCAGCCGCGGAACGGGUCGACCGCCCAACAGCCUCUUGGGCAGCUCGACAUCUGGGGCGAUCCGGUCCUGCAGCAGCCUACCGUGGGCGAGAAGGCGGGUGGGAAGUCGGUUAUGCAGCAGGGUAUGCCCAAGCGUUGAUUUUCACCAGGACUACCACGUCUUGACAUUUUCACCUGCUCCGGUGCUCGGCCCGCACGCUCUCAGCU